UCCCGAAAGGCGGCGACGGCAGAGGCACCACUGGCAGCAUCGGCGGCAUCGGCGGCAGCAGCAGCAGCCCCGGGCGGCCUCGGGCGGGGCCGGCCCGACGGACAAACGGACAGAGGGCGCCGGGGACUCACGGCCCGCUCGGGCUGGCCAUGGAGGGAGCUUCGUUCGGCGCAGGACGCGCGGGGGCCGCCCUGGAUCCUGUGAGCUUCGCGCGGCGGCCCCAGACCCUGCUGCGGGUCGCGUCCUGGGUGUUCUCCAUUGCCGUCUUCGGGCCCAUAAUCAACGAGGGCUACGUGAACGCCGACAGUGGCCCGGAGCUGCGCUGCGUCUUCAACGGCAACGCAGGCGCCUGCCGCUUCGGCGUUGCGCUCGGCCUCGGGGCCUUCCUCGCCUGCGCCGCCUUCCUGCUGCUCGACAUGCGCUUCCAGCAGAUCAGCAGCGUCCGCGACCGUCGCCGCGCGGUGCUGCUGGACCUGGGCUUCUCAGGGCUCUGGUCCUUCCUGUGGUUCGUGGGCUUCUGUUUCCUCACCAACCAGUGGCAGCGCACGGCGCCUGGGCCGGGCGCGACGCAGGCAGGAGACGCGGCGCGGGCCGCCAUCGCCUUCAGCUUCUUCUCCAUCCUCAGCUGGGUGGCGCUUACCGUGAAGGCCCUGCAGCGGUUCCGUCUGGGCACCGACAUGUCGCUCUUUGCCACCGAACAGCUGGGUGCUGGGGCGGGCCAGACCUACCCAGGCUACCCGGUGGGCAGCGGUGUGGAGGGCACCGAGACCUACCAGAGCCCACCCUUCACCGAGACCCUGGACACCAGCCCCAAAGGGUACCAGGUUCCUGCCUACUAGUGGCCUGCAGUCCCAGACCAAGGCGCAAAGGCUGCCCCACCAAUGCAGGGUCCAAGGCCUCCUGGGACCUCCCUCAGGUCCUCCUGGCCCAGCAGCAGGGUGUGGAUGCUGUGGGCCAUCUAGGGCCAAGAGAAGUUAACCUCCAGGGUGCCUGGGCUGUGCCCAAGUUCCUCCGGUCCUUUUAGUCCCUAGUCCAGGGCCAGAGGUCCUGAGGAGGGGACAGCACAGUCCUGGGCACGUGUCCUCCAGUCUCCAGUGGACCAGCCUAGGCAGGGGGCCAUUCCCCUCAUGAGCCAGCCAGCUGGGGCUCACUUGUCCACUCUGGGGUCAGGGGUCCAGCUGCCCUCCAAAGCCAGGUGCAGGAGUUGCCCUGGACUGGGGGUGACCAGGAGAAGGGACAUUGCCCUCUCCCCAUGGCCUGGCAAGUGUGUCCACUGUUCCCCAUCCCCUGUGCCUCUGGGUAGUGGUGGUCCUUGCUCUGUCCUGGUGGUUCACCCUGUAGGGCCAGGUGCUCUGUCUGGAGCCUCCCACCAUUUCCUUUCACAGGCGCACUAGAGUAGCCCGGCCCUGUCGAUGUUGUGAUUGUGGUCAAGUAUUCAGGUUUCACCUCGUAGUUCUCCACAAGCAGCCCCUCUGUCUGUGGCCCCAGCUCCAGCCCUUACCUGCCUCGGCCUAGGCCCCUGCUGGGGUGCAGGCAGCUCUGGCCAGGAAAGCACAGCAUGGCUGUAGGCCUGGGCAUCAGUCCUCUCCCAGUCCUUCAGUAAGACCUUGCUGGGGAGGCUCCAGACAGCUGGGUGCCCUGCAAGAGACGCCCCCCACGAGGAGAGAGGCCUAGAGAUUCCACCUGUCCACCCUGCCCUGGAGACGGCCAUUCCCUACAAACCCCUUUACCUUGGCUCCCUGGACUAGUCCCUCAAAUCCCCACGUUGCACCCCAUCUUAAGGCCCAGCCCAAGGUUGGGGGUCCCUCUGCAUAGCUGAGUACUCAUGCAUCGCUCGAAGCUGGCUUUUCACAUUAAGUCAAUACCAAAUGUGGUUGCCACACUUCAUUCUUACAGACAGAUGCCUCCCUCUGGAGUUGCAGUUGAGUGACAACCCUGUACAUUGUAGCAUAGACCAAUUAUUUGUGGAUAUUUAAGUGAACAUGUUUACAAUUUUUGUAUAUAUGGAUCUUUCCCUCCCUCUUCUGAAAGAACAAUCCGUGAUUGUGUAUUUUCAGUGUCCCAUGUCCAACUGCAACUUCUUUACAAUAAAGACUGUAAAUGA